AUGAUACCAGAGCCCUUCCAGGAAACGGCUGUUGAUCUGCGUCUGCAACUGGGGCAAGCGGCGGGUAAGCGGCGAGGUAUAGUUGAGGCUGUAGUUGAUCGCAGCAUAGCGCUCGUAAUAACCCUCGCUCUUAAAGUUCACAUACUGAUCGUACUGACCGGCAUGGGUAUUGUACCAGAUGGUCGCAUCAAAUUUAUGCAGACUGUACAGCGGGUUAAUGUCGGCAAGACGGUAAGUCGUAUCGAUCUGUACAUUACGUACACCGGAAGGAAUGGCAAUAUGGGCGGUAUAGAAGCCGUGCGCCGCGAGCUGAGUGAAGAAACAGGCAUUGAGGUAGACUACCUGGAACAGCUUUAUACAUUUGGUGCACCAGACCGGGAUCCGCGCCAGCGGAUCAUUUCGGUGGCUUAUGUGGCGCUGGUAAAAUCAUCUCAGUACCGCCAGCUAAAAGCCAGUACCGAUGCCGAAGAUGCGCAGUGGUUCAGUAUCAAAGCAUUGCCCGAACUGGCCUUUGAUCAUAAGACUAUCCUGCAAACGGCCAUCGACCGCGUUCGCGCCAAGAUCCGCUACCAGCCGAUUGGUUUCGAGCUGCUGGAUAAAAAAUUCCCGAUUGCAGAUCUUGAAAAACUAUACACCACCCUGCUCGACCGGGAUAUUGACCGGCGUAAUUUCUCUAAAAAAAUAAUGGCCCUCGCGAUCCUCGAUGAGACGGACGAAUAUGUAAAAGCCACCGGUGCCGGCCGGCCGGGUAAGUUGUACAAAUUCAAUAAGAAGCGUUACCAGCAACUGGUUAAAGACGGGAUCAUUUUUGAGAUCUGA